AUGGAUAAAAAAGAUCGUAAUGGAUUUCAUAGAUCCUUACAGGCUAAAGGGAAUUGUAAUACCUUAUGGCCACGAAGGCAAGAUGGUAAACUUACCAUCUGGUUGUUCGAUUCUUAUCAUCACUGUAUGAACACAACAGCUCUUCUUUGGACAUACAGCAUAAGUCAAUCUCCAAAAGUGAAAUGCAAUUACAAGGCAAAUCCUCCAAUGAAGAAAUUUGAAAACCAGGUCACAUAUCUGAAGAAAAUGCAGUUAGUCCUUGUGGGAAAAUUACUGAAAAUAGGGAAUUGGAAGGAGGAAACUCCUCCAGCCAUGGUAAAUCUCACACUCUCCGCUUAG